AUGUCGAGUGAUUCCCCGCCUCCAUCAUAUUCUCCACCAAGACCCCCUCCACCCUAUGAAAGUCCCGAGCCGAAGACGGAAAAGUCCCUAGAAAUGGCUGAUAAUGAAAAAAAUGAGAAACGAGAAUCAUCAAUACGGAUAGGUCCUGCUCCAUUCGUGCCUUUAUCAGCUCAACCAUCAGCUUUCAUGCAUCCACCAUCACAGUCAAGUACUUUGGUUAUCGUUCACCCAGUCAAAGAGGCGGCUACUUCAGCUCCCUAUCAGACAUUUUGUCCAAAAUGCCAGAUGCCAAUCACAACCCGACAGCACUAUGUGACGGGCACUUUCACAUGGAUUCUCGUUGUCGUCAUUUUAAUAUUUUUCUUCCCACUCGCUUUUGUUCCCUUUUGUUUAGACUCUUGUAAAGACGUUCAACACUAUUGCCCAAAAUGCUCAACGCCAUUAUCGUACAGGAGAAAGUUUUUC